AUGACUUCUUCCCCUCAGGAGGUGCCGUUGCACGCCAUCGAGAGGACGCCCGAAUAUGAAGACUUCAUGACCAAGCUGAGAGACUACCAUGCAAAGCGAGGCACGACGCUGGAUCCAGAACCCAAGGUUGGCAUGAUCCACCUGGAUCUGUACAAGGUCUUCAACCACAUUGUCGCCAGCGGUGGAUACGAUAAAGUUUCGGAGGAGAAAUUGGCGUGGCGGCGCAUGGCAGCUGAGCUUGGCCUUCAUUCAAAUAACGAGGCAUCGACGGCCUUUGCUCUCAAGGAAAAGUUCUACAAGAACCUCGCCGCAUACGAAAUCAGCACAGUCCAUGGCAAGGAGCCGCCGCCCAAAGACAUUCUGGAAGACGUCACAGCCAAAGGCGCAAGUCUGUUGACACGCACGAGAGAAAACUUUCGCGGCAAGCGGGAGAGCAACGUCGGAGCUACAGACAGCGCUGCGUCUGGUGAUGACGGCACUCCGACCCAAGAACGACCAGCACCAGACCCUGCUGCAAGUGCUCGAGCUUCCCGCGGUCUUCGCGAGGCUCCUCCUCAACGGGUCAUCUUCCAGCCCGAUACAGGCCCGGCCCGAUCUACAAGACAGGCCUCCAACCAGCAGGCAGGCAACUCGGCUUCGCCAGCGGUAAACCACGUACAUCAGAACGCUCCUCAUCAUCAAUCUGCCCAUCCAAUGCCACUUAUGGCAAUCCAUAACAACUCACGGGGGCCUUCGAUCCUACACCACCCUCCAAACUCCGAAAACACAUCACAUUUGGUAACAUCCUACCAACCGAAGCCGAUGAAGCCGCUUCAGCUGCGUCCCGUGGCAACUCCGAGCAACACGCCGAGCGAGUUCUUUAAAGCCAAGCUACCGCAUCGAUUUGCCCUCGAUCCUGCCAACAGACAGCCCAUGCAACCCGGCACUGGUUUUGAUGGCCCCAACAUUUAUACCCGAUGCCUAAAUGCUCUCCGUUCUUGUGUCCCCGCGGAGCAGGCUUUUGCGCUCAAUCACCUGGUGAAGAUAUCAUUUGAACGAGGUGAUAAGUACAAAUUCGACUCUUUCCCGGGAUUGGCCGAAGGCCUUGUGGAGAAGGCGCUGCAGAUUGGCAACCUCUUCUACCAUGUCAAUUGGACGGUUUCUUGGGAUUCUUUCGCCGAGUCAAACGACAUUGGCUGCCUAGAUGGCAAUUACGGCACACAAGACAUCCUAGAACGAAUCUCAAACUUGGUCGAGCGAGACAUACCAGAUGUCAUCCAAACCGAAAAGUUUGCCGAUGAAAUGGUAUUGACAACCGAGGCCAUUCUCACUAUUCGAAACAUGGUGACGCUGCCUGAAAAUGCGCAAAACAUGUCCGACUUCUACCCCAUAAAGGACCUGAUAUGCAUCCUUUUACAUCUACCGGCAAGAGACUCGCUUACCGAGGUCAAGCAUCUUGCUCUUGACAUCGCAGAGCAGCUGACACCUUUCAUGGCUCUGGAAUCCGACGACCCCUUGUACAAGACACUCUUGGCCCAGUUGUCAUCAGAAGACAGAGGAACCAUCCUGACAGCACUUCGCGCCCUUGGUCGCAUUUCUGUGAAUCUGGAGGCGACAAACAAAUUGGGCGAAGUGCCAAGCACAACACUGCAACGGAUCGUGAACUGGCUUUUGCUAAACGAUGACGAGCUCAUUGACGCCUGCCUCGACUUUCUAUACCAGUACACGGCUGUUGUGCCUAAUCUCGACAACUUGGUACGAUCUAUCGUCCCCGACAAUCUUGUUCAGCAGCUUGUUCGCCUAUUAGCACACGGGGCCCGCAAAUAUACCAGAGAAUAUACAGUUAUCCCAGAGCAGAGGUUACCAGCAAAGGACGAAAUUGCGCCAAUGCCCAAUGACUUGCUCCAGGAAAUGCUGAAGCUAGAAGAACCGGACCGGGUUCACCAAUGGGUCAAGUGCUUUUUCGAGGAAGACAACCGAUCCUUUAUUACCCAGCUUGCCGCAUGGCAGGCUUAUCAGUCGGCAUUUGCCACCCCGCUGAAGGCUAUCAACCAACCCAUGAUCACCCCGGCAGACUUCAUUAGAAGCAGUACGUCUGUUUAUAAGGAUUCUAAUGCCCAGGUGCUUCGGGAACCUGGUGACCCCCAGCAAAAAUUCAUCAUUCAUGGUAUUCGCGCUCGACCACGGCCCCUCGCAUUCGACGGUACCGAAUAUGGCCGCUGCUUAUGGGCCAUGAACCCCGAAAAGAAGAAUGAAAAGUGCGGCCACUUUUAUCUCAAGCAAGAGGAAAUGUGGAACCAUAUCCUCACGGCACAUCUGAAUGAACAAAGGGGCGAAAAUGGACAGUUCCCCAAUAUCGAGAAGGAGUAUCAAUGCACCUGGGCUGAGUGCACAAAGUACGAGAAACCGACAAAGAUGCAUCUGCAGACUCUCGCGCAGCACAUCUCGACGCACAUUUCAACCAUGAUCCCGAGCCCCGGUUCGUUGAACAGGCGCCCGCGACACCCCUGGGUCAUUCCCGCGAAGACGAUGAGCAUCGUGCUGGAAGAGACUCCGACGUUUCGUGAUGAGCGGAUGCCCGAGGCGCCUCCCCAGGCUGGCGGCAUCCCGCUCAGUGCCGUGUUGGUGCUCCGCAACAUUGCUCGUAACGUGGUCAAGACGGAGGCCGAGGAGGAGCUUCUUAAAGAACAGUCUAGGACUUUUGAGAAGGGGGGAUGGAAUGAGAAGCUCUUCCGGCCUCACUUGACUCAGUUGCAUGGCAUUUUGGCGGAGAAUCUUGCCAUGAGCCCAUAUAUUGCAUCGUUAUUGGAGCUGAUCAUUCCGGUGCCGGAUGACCGCGAUUAA